CCGCCAGGGACGCUCUUAAUCCUGUUUCACUUGCGAUUUCCAGUAAACUUUCCAAAUCUUCCUGAUAUUAUUUAACCACUUUAAUGUUAUAAACAUGGCAAUUUCUGGAUCACGGUGAUUAAGUUUAUCAGGUUCUGAUAACCGAAAGUAUUUUUAUGUACCAUUUACCUCUGAAUCUGUCUACCAGGUAGCCAUGUAGCCUUAGCUCACUUGUAUCAGUGAAGUUGGGCAACUCCCACUUCAAAUUUGCAAUUUUGAGACCAGUAUUUCCACUAUGUGUUUUGAGGUUUUGACGCAGGUCCAUUACAUGCUUCCGUACUAGUGUUGUUCUCGCGGUUUAGCAUGAGAUGCAACCUGUGGGGACAGGUUUGCUGAAACAGGAUAAACUGGAAGUGGAGGUCCAGGAAAGCAGAGUCCAAGGGUCGAGUUACAGUCACUCAACCUUGUACAGUUCAGCUGUUUUCAUGUCACACUCUCACACACUCCACUAUGGACUGGUCCUGGAGCAGGCAGGGCUGAUGUGAUAGUAGUUUGGUUCAUGGUUUCACGAUGGGCAGCCGGAGGAGAGGGUUGAAGAGCGAGGGCUUCAUUCUGUCGGUGGACGUCGGUACCACCUCCAUCAGAUGUCACGUCUACGACAAGCAGGCUCAGAUCCGGGGGUCAUGCACCAGACAGGUUGUCCUCUUGUAUCCAGAAGUGGGGCAUGUGGAGAUUGACCCAGAUUCACUAUGGCAAAGCUUUAUCGCUGUGGUCAAAGGGGCGGUUCAAGAUGCAGGAGUACAAAUGCAUCAGGCUGAAGCCCUUGGCAUCUCCACUCAACGAGCAACCUUCACUACCUGGGACAGGAAAACUGGGAUUCCCUUUCAUAACUUCAUUAGCUGGCAGGAUCAAAGGGCUGCAGACCUGGUGAGGUCCUGGAACAGAUCCUGCACCAUGAAAAUAAUCCACGGGGUGAUGAAGGUGGUGUAUUUCCUGACCCGGCAAAAACGCUCCCUCGCAGCGAGCCUUAUUGUCUUUUCUACUCAACAUGUCACCUUUCGGCUCGUCUGGGCACUGACGCACUACAAACAGGUUGGUCAGGCAAUCAGUGAAGAUAACUGCUGCUUUGGGACUAUAGACUCCUGGCUGGUAUUUAAACUCACCAAAGGAUAUGUCCACGCCACAGAUUAUUCUAAUGCAAGUACAACAGGGAUUUUUGACACCUAUCAGAUGUGUUGGAGUACGUUUCUCUGCUCUCUUGUGUCUCUACCUCUCUCUAUUUUCCCCAAAGUAGAAAACACGGGCCAUAACUUUGGAUCCACAGACCCAUCCAUCUUCGGAGUAUCCAUUCCCAUUAUGUCAGUGAUGGCGGACCAGCAGGCAGCCAUGUUUGGAGAGUGCUGCUUUGACGUGGGUGACGUUAAGAUCACCAUGGGAACAGGCACCUUCAUGGACAUCAACACUGGGAACAAACCACACACGUCUGUCGCAGGUCUGUAUCCUAUUGUGGGAUGGAAGAUCGGCUCCGAGCUGGUGUACCUGGCGGAGGGAAACGCAGCCGACACCGGCACCGCCAUCAAAUGGGCUCAGGAGCUGGAGCUGUUCUCUGACAUCAGGGAGACCAGUGCCAUGGCUUACAGCGUCAGCAACUCUGAUGGAGUCUGCUUCGUCCCUUCCUUCAGUGGCCUGCAGGCUCCUCUGAAUGACCCGAAAGCUUGCGCGUCCUUCAUGGGCCUGAAACCGUCUACGACCAAGAGCCACCUGGUUCGCUCCAUUCUCGAGUCCGUGGCCUUCAGAAACAAGCAGCUCUAUGAGACGAUGUUAAAAGAGAUGCGCAUCCCCAUCACGAGGAUCAGGGUGGACGGUGGCGUUUCCUCCAACGACUUCAUCAUGCAGCUGACUGCAGACCUGUUUGGUCGGAAGCUCAUCCGACCACAACACCGGGAGAUGUCUUGUCUGGGAGCCGCGUUGGUGGCUGGUCUCGGAGUUGCCUUCUGGAGGACUCGCGACGAGCUGAAGAAGCUGCAGAGCGUCAACAAGGUGUUCCUGCCCCGAGGAGCAGCCGCAGAAGGGGCUUGCCCCUCCAGCCCGGAGUACACGCCCAUCCUCCAGAGCUGGGAGAGCGCUCUACGCCGCUCCAUGAACUGGUACACAAACCCCGACAAUGGAAGAUCCUGGAUUUGGACAAGCGGAGAGACGAAUGAACUUUGAGUACAUGUGAAUGUAAAUGUUUUGGUAUUAAUCGUUUAACAGAACUAACAGCCAUCAUGUGAUGCAGAUUCACAGUAAAUCUUUGUGAAUCCUGGUCCUCUUUCUUAAAGACGUGAUACAAAGCUCUUCUGGUUGGCGGGGACUUGGCGAUCUGUGUCUUUUUUCUUUUUUUUUAACAGUAUUCUUUGCCUUUUUGGUGAUGUGACAGCACGUUUGUUUUUCUCUGUAUGGUUAAAUAUACACAGUUGUGGAUCAUGUGUUCCUGACAUGAUGCCAAAGUUCUGGAUAUCUGUGGUUGAAGUCGAAACCGUGUGAGAAAACACACACCAGUCAAACGUCAUCGCUCAUUUUAAGUCUCAUCACACGGGGGUGCUAAAAGCUGCCACUGCAGUUUCAGGGACGCAGUCUGAAAGAAAGAGGAGUGCCGCAGGGGCGUAGAUUAUUCUUUAUUUUUAACUCUUUUUUAAUAACUCUUUUUAAAUUGUCAUAGGAUCAAAUGUGCAGAAAACCGCUAGUCAUACCUCAGUCCUUGUGGGGGAAUCUGGAGCAAGUCCGUUUUAAAACAGUGACUUUCAUCAACAAAACCAAACCAGUUCCCAGCUUCAGUCUCAGCUGGAUCCCUCAAACUGACAUUUUAGUGAGUUUAAUGCACUUAUUAAAGCUUGUUAUGGUAAUCUCUAAAUGUGAGCGUCUCUCCACACAAGGAAAUUCCACUGCAUCCCAGUAUUUACAUGUUUCUGCUCUGCGUCAACUGGAGUUUACAUCAUGUUCAGAUAUGGUUCUUGUGAUUCAAGAGACAUUUCUGUUGUAUGUAUUGAACAGAAACUUGUGCAGGGUACAGUUUUCCGUAGAGUAAUUCCAGAUUGCACAUUUUCAGGAUGUUACAGUUUAUUAGAUAUUGAGGAAAUGAGAUAUUCCCAAGUCUUUGCUGUGUAGUUCCUGUGUCGGUUAUUAAUUAUCAAGUGUUUUAUCUUAAUGGGGAACUGUCGUGUUUAUGUCAUACGGUUGUUGAAUUAAUAUUUUUCUGUGUGUGAAAGGGCCUGCAUCCAUGUGGUGCAAAUGUCUGCAGAGACGGCCAAUCCUUUUCCUGUACAACUCACUGCGGUGCGACGAUGCUAAAAUCACUGCCUUACAUCAAGAUAACAUCUCGGGUCGUCAUGUCUGAGAUUUUCUAACACUGGUACUUCAUUCAUUUUUCUGAAUGGCAUAUAUAUCAUCCCAGACCUGUGGGGAAAUUAAUAUAUUCAUGUGAAGUGUAAUUAAUCUCAGUGGGAAUAUGAAGGACUUUAUUAAAAACAUGAAUCAGCCAUA